AUGUCGUGCUGCGAGUGGAAAAGCACGCAGGACACGGGGCGGGGGAGCAUCCUCUACAGCAUCCUCAACAGAGGCUCCCUGUGGCCGCAGGGAUGCACAGGCGCAGCCGUUGCGCACCGGCGCUGUUCCUGCGCAUCCAGGAGGAAACUGGUAGCUCCGCAGUCGGUGAUCAAAGCAGCCUGUGAGGUGCUUGUGAAAACUUUCAGGUUCGUGAAAAGUGUACCGUGUUUCCGCGGUUUGCCGGCGGAAGACCAGCACCGGCUUGUGCGCAACAGCUGGGCGCCCCUGUUGCUUUUGGGCUUGGUGCAGGAGUCCGUGGACUUCGACACCGUGGAGACGCAGCAGCAGCCCAGUCUGUUACACAAGAUUUUAACGCACGACGAGGACCGACAGCAACUCACUGCCAACGAGACUCCCGACCCCGGGGUCCCUCUCGGUGAUGUGCAGAGCAUCAAAAUGUUUCUGGUUAAGUGCAGAGGGCUGACCAUCACCGUUAAAGAAUACGCGUUUCUGAAAGGAGCGAUACUAUUCACCCCGGUGCCUGAGCUGGAGUGUCACGAGUACAUCCACGCGCUUCAGAGGGAGGCUGAGCGUGCGCUCUAUGAGCACGUGGGGACGGUCUACCGGGGGAGUGCGUACCGGUUCGGCAAGCUGCGCGUGGUCCUGAACGCCCUGCGCGCCACGGACCCGGAUGCGGUGGCAGGACUCUUCCUGAGACCCGUGACUGGGAGCAGCAGCAGCAGCAUAGAUGAACAUGUGCUUGCUAUGUUUUAUGAGAGGUAAAAAGUGGGACUGAAGAACAGACUCAUCGGUGAGCACUGAAUGUAACCAUAUGUCAGCUGGCAUUACUCACAACACAUCACAUCAUGACUUUAUGUUUUUGUGUGGACACUGAGGAGCACCACAGACACAGUGACCUUAACCCUUUACAGGGCACUCACUAAAAUACUGUAAAAUUCAAACCUUACUGGAGUUAUUGGAGAACAUGUUAUGUAAUUACUUUGUGACAGUUUUCAAAAUGUUUCAUUUUACCAUGUAGAAACAUCAAGGUCAGUGAAGUUACCAUGUUUGGUUUCCUGCCUGUAACUGGGAAAAAUUCAAAGAAGUGUACAAGAGAAACACACACGUGGUGAAAAGAACAUGUAUUUUAGAACAUUACAACAUACACAUGAUAACUUUUAGCAUUAGGCCAUUUCUUCAUGACCACAUCACUGAGGGGCAGA